AUGAACAGCACCCCGGCGAUGGCGCCUCUGUCUCCAGGGCUGAGGAGGUUCUCCCCCUCGCUUGCUAAGGCCUCCUUUCAUCAGGAGAAACACGGCUCGAGUGCCAUGAGUUCUCCCAGCCCGUCCAUUAUGAGCUCUCCAAAACUCUGGCAGAAAGCAUCCAUCUCCAGGCUGGCAGAGGAGUUUUUCUGGAUCGGUGGCAGUGUGGUCGCACAGCCAAAAUGGAGGCUGGGUCAGAUAGUGGAGAGGUGCAUGUGCACCAUGCAGGCCGGCACUCAGAUGAGCAAGCUGAAGGGGAAGAAGAAAGGACUGGUCCGAUUCUUUUACCUGGACGAGCACAAGUCCUGCAUCCGGUGGCGACCCUCCAGGAAGCACGACAAGGCCAAAAUAACUAUUGAUUCCAUCCAUGAAGUCUGCGAGGGCAAAAAGUCUGAGAUGUUCAGGCGGUAUGCAGACAACCGCUUCGACCCAAACUGCUGCUUCAGUAUUUACUACGGGGAGCGGGUGAAGUCCCUAGACCUGGUCUCCACCAACGCAGAGGAGACCCGCACCUGGAUCACUGGGCUGAAAUACCUCAUGGCUGGUAUCAGUGAUGAAGAUAGUUUGGCGCGGAGGCAGCGCACCCGUGAUCAGUGGUUACAGCAGACUUUCUCCGAGGCAGACAAAAACGGAGACGGCACCUUAAGCAUUGGAGAGGUUCACCAGCUGCUCCACAAACUCAAUGUGAAUUUACCCAAGCAGAAAGUCAGGCAGAUGUUUCAAGAUGCAGACACAGAUGAGAACCAGGGCUCUCUGGGCUUUGAAGAAUUCUGCACGUUCUACAAGAUGAUUUCCACUCGCAGAGACCUCUAUCUGAUAAUGAUCUCCUACAGCAACCAGAAGGAAGUCAUGGAUCUUCACGACCUUGCACGCUUUCUGGAAAAUGAACAGAAGAUGCGAGGUCUCGCCAAAGAAUAUCUAGCUGACAUAGUGGCCAAGUUUGAGCCAUGUCCUUUGAACCUGCAGCGUAUGGUUCUGGGUAUUGAUGGGUUCACCAACUUCAUGAGGAGUCCCGCAGGUGACAUCUUCAACCCCGAGCACAACCAGGUGAGCCAGGACAUGACGCAGCCUCUGAAUAAUUACUUCAUCGCCACGUCGCACAACACCUACCUGACAGGAGACCAGCUGCUCUCUCAGUCUAGAGUGGAAAUGUACGCCUACGUUCUGCAGGCAGGCUGUCGCUGUGUGGAGGUGGACUGCUGGGACGGGCCUGACGGCGAGCCCAUUAUUCAUCACGGCUACACCUUGACAUCCAAAAUCCUCUUCAAAGACGUUGUUGAAACAAUUAACAAAUAUGCCUUCACAAAAUCACAGUACCCAGUGAUCUUGUCCAUAGAGAACCACUGCACUGUGCCUCAGCAGAAGAAGAUGGCCGAGUAUUUGAAAGAGGUGCUCCAGGACAAACUGAAUCUGUCCGGCAUCAACACACAGGAGUGCAAGAAGCUGCCCUCACCCGAGAUGCUGAAGGGGAAGGUUUUAGUCAAGGGGAAAAAGCUGCCAGCAAACCUUGAUCCUGAAGCAGAGGAGGGCGAUGUGUCUGAUGAAGACACUGGUGAUGAAGAAGAUGAGGAAGACGAUGACGAUGAUGAUGAUGAUACCGCACAGGAUGGGAAUGGCCUAACUUCUGCCAAUCCAACCAAAAAGAAGAGGCGCUUCGGCAGAUCUAUCAUAAGGAGCUUCAAACGAAAGAGGAAAAAGAGAAUCAGAGUGAAAAAUAAGGCGGCAUCUGACGGAGAGUCGGACGUCAGCAGCAGCAGAGAAAGGACUCAAAUUGUUUACCAUCCUAAGAAGAGGAAAACAAUGCGGUUAUCCCGCGCUCUAUCAGACCUGGUCAAGUACACAAAAUCUGUCCGAGUGCACGAUAUAGAAACACAAGCAUUAACGAACAGCUGGCAGGUGUCCUCCCUCAACGAGACUGUCAUGAACCAGAUCUUACAGCUGAAGCCGGCUGACUUGGUCCGUUUCAACCAGCGCCAACUUCUGAGAGUCUACCCAUCGAACUACAGAGUGGACUCCAGCAACUUCAACCCACAGCCUUACUGGAACACAGGAUGUCAUAUGGUUGCUCUGAAUUAUCAAACUGAGGGUCGUAUGCUUGAACUGAACCGAGCCAAGUUCUCAGCCAACGGAAACUGUGGAUAUGUUCUGAAGCCCAAGUACAUGCGUAAAGCUGCCUUUAAUCCGACGCUGGACGAUCCUCUACCAGGACACAGAAAGACUCAGUUAGUGCUGAAGAUCAUCAGUGGACAGCAGCUCCCCAAACCAAAAGACUCCAUGUUUGGGGACAGAGGCGAGAUUAUCGAUCCCUUUGUUAAGGUCGAGAUAAUCGGUCUACCCAUUGACUGCUCCGAGCAGCAGACCAGAGUGGUGGACGAUAAUGGUUUCAACCCAAUGUGGGAGGAGACGCUUGUCUUCAAUAUUCAAAUGCCGCAGAUCGCACUGGUGCGUUUCGAAGUGUGGGAUCACGAUCCUAUUGGACGAGAUUUCAUUGGACAGAGGACUGUCGCUUUCACCAGUAUGAUGCCAGGUUAUCGGCAUGUCUACCUGGAGGGGAUGGCGGCGUCGUCCAUCUUUGUUCAUGUUGCUAUCAAUGACAUCACAGGAAAGAUUAAACCUGCAAAUGCAGUGCAUGCAGCCAGAAUACACAUCCAAAAAGCUGCCAAGAAGCAUAUAAAGGGUCAACAAAGGCAGCCUUCUUUAGACUUCUCUGUCAUGUCCUCAGAGGACGGACGUUCUCUGUACUUCCGCAAGGAUCUGGAUGCCAUUUCUCAGGACAGCAAGAAUGGGGAAAUGUAUCCUCUGGUACAAGGGCCUGCAGCCAAGGCUGCCUGCCACAAAGGGGCCAUGAGUGAGCCAGUGAGGCGAGCUCACAGAGUUAAAAUUCAUGAACCACCAGAGAUGAAGAGAGGGUUCUUCAGCCGGAUGUCCUCCACUGACUCCAACCACACGGGGCCUGCUCCCUAUGUGACAGCAGAUAGCUUUGACCUUGAGACACCCCCCCAGGCUUCUUGUCUCGAUGGUCCUGACAGCCAAAAUCCAAUUGAAGAAGAGGUGGAGAGUGAACCACCAGAGUCACCAGAGUCAAAGUGUGCGGAGCAGGAGACAGUUCAGACACUUGAACCAGAGCAGCCUGAACAAUCAGAGGAAUUAAAGAAAGAACCACAGCUGGGCAAGGAUGUUACUAUUGAGGAAUUACCAAAAGAAUCAGACAAGGCUGUUACCGCUGAACCUGAGCAGCCACCGGAAACUCAGACAGAUCCCCUUCCUCAGCCUCAGCCUGUGCCACAUCCUGUGAUCCAGCAUGAAGCCAAAUCCUCCCCACUUAUCCCUCCAUCAUCCCCUCCUAGGGUGAGACGGACCUUGCAGGCUCCAGCCAGCCCCCGACCAUCCACACCGAUGCGAACAAAGGCCCGCUCACGCAGCUGCCCUCGAAAGCAGACUACCUCUCCCGAGACCCCCAUGGUGAACCGCAAGCCUGUUUUCCGUCGACAGACACAGAACUACGGCAGCUACAGAGGACAGGUGAGGCCCAUACCCAACGGCCUCUGCCUGUCUGACAGCACCUCCAGCAGCAGCGUUAGCAGCACUGACAGCCUGGAGUUUGUGCCCUCCUGCGUAGCAGGCGGGGAAGAGCAACAUGAGGGAACCCUGCAGAGGGAGAUGAAGGCACUUUUUGACCAGAAGAUUAGAGAGAUACGAUGUAAAUCGCCACUUUUUCUAAACGACCACAGCUCAGAUUUUUGACUCCAGAGACAACAGCAUGCAUCAGAAGAGGAAGAAAAAUAGAACCGCAGAAGAUGAACAGGAGGACAUCACACAGAAUUACAUAAUUAGACAGUUUAUUAUUGUUUAUUA